CUCUAUUAAAAAUCACAAACGUCACUGUCAUCUGUCAAAAUAUCUCUUUUCUCUUGUCAAGUUCGCGGCAGGUAGAACUUCAAGAUGUUGAUGCCCAAACAGAAUCGUGUUGCUAUCUAUGAAUACCUCUUCAAAGAGGGUGUCAUGAUAGCCAAAAAGGACUAUCAUGCACCAAAGCACCCUGACCUGGAGAAGAUUCCUAACCUCCAAGUUAUUAAGGCUAUGCAGUCUCUGAAAUCCAGAGGUUAUGUGAAGGAACAGUUCGCGUGGAGGCACUUUUACUGGUACCUGACCAAUGAAGGUAUUGAAUACCUGCGCAUCUUCCUGCACCUGCCACCUGAAAUUGUACCCGCUACCCUGAAGCGGUCUGUCCGCCCCGAGACCGUUCGCCGCGGCGCUGUGGGCAGGCCCGAAGGCCCCGCGCGGGCCGCCGAGGACCGCUCCGCGUACCGUCGCGCGCCCACUGGCCCCCCCGGCGCUGGCACACACGACAAGAAGGCUGAUGUUGGUCCUGGCUCAGCUGAUGUAGAAUUCAGAGGAGGUUUUGGACGUGGCAGGCCUGCACCUUAAGACUAAGUUUAAUAAAAAUCGUCUAAGCUA